CUUUGAUGUAAAUAAAAUUAAAAAAAAAAAAAAAAAACAACAACAAUAGCAGCAUUAAUCAGCUAAACACAAUACAUAACUUGAUGAGCGAUCCGCCGCGUGGAUUGCCGCAGAGCUUGCUCAGCUUUUAUCUGCAACUAUUUGGAGCUGCUUCCGCAUAUAUAGUAUCGGCCGUAUUAAUGCUUCAAGUCGUUUACCUAUCGUAUUAUCAGACCACCGAACGGAAUGGACUAGUUGCAUUACUCUUAUACGUAACUGGUCUGAUCUGCUUAUGCAUUUACGUGAACAUACUUUGGCUCCGACGCAAGUAUCCGCACAAUUGGGUCAUUUGCUCUACCAUAGCCGCGUUGCUUGGCUUGGGCAAUGCCUUUCUGUUGACCGGACAGGAUUCGGAAAAAUUACUCGGUGUGCUGGAAGUUAUAGCUCUGAUGUGCAUCUACCUAUCUAUGGGAGUUUGGCUGCCGAAACGUUUAACUCCCGUUCGUUAUGUUACUGCCGUGUUCGUCAUGGUGGUAGUACUUACAGUCGGUGCUCUAUUACUUCUGUGGAAUUUUUCUGAUCAACAUACCGACCUAAUAUUGUACAGCGUACAUGGCAUACUGAUAAUAGUGAUGUGUCCCUUAAUGAUAUUCCAAAUGCAAGUGUUCAGCGGCAUAAUUUGGGACUUCGCACCAAUUCUGGACAUACCGCUCUGCUCUGUUAUCCUGCUGAUUGACUUUUUGGCCUGUUAUUCCUUUGUCGAUGCUGACGUUGAUAUUGCGCGGACUUUAGAAUUACUCUCCGAACGCAACCGUCGAAUGUUUAAUCAAAUGUCCAAUAUGUAACCCCCUUAAGUACUUAUUUUUGUAAUGUAACGAAAACCAAAUCACAUAAAAGUAAAUCGGGCACCAGAAAUGAAUUGUGUUAGUUAC